GGUGGCGUAUUUUCCCCCUCGGCCACCGAAACCUCUCUCUCCUCGAGCUAGACCACCAUGGCGACGACGGUGGCGACGGCCAUGCGACGCCGACGAAAUCUCACUCCCUGCGACAGCCGCCUCGCCACCGCAGUCCCCCUGCUCGUGGCGUUCCUCCUCCUCCUCCACGCGCCGCCGCUCGCGGAAGCGCAGCCGCUGCCGUGGCAGAUGUGCGACACCGCCGGCGGAAACUACACGGAGGGGAGCACCUACCAGGCCAACGUGCGCGCCCUCGCCAGCGCUCUCCCGGUGAACGCCUCCUCAUCGCGCGCCCUCUUCGCCAAGGGCGCCGCCGGCGCGGCGCCGGACGUGGUGUACGCCAUCGCGCUCUGCCGCGGCGACACCAACGCCUCCUCCUGCGCCGCCUGCGUCGCCACCGCCUUCCAGGACGCGCAGCAGCUGUGCGCGUUCAACAGGCGCGCCACCAUGUUCGACGACCCCUGUAUCCUCCGCUACUCCGACCAGGACAUCCUCGCCAACGCCACCGACGGCCAGGGGAAUUUCAUCGCCUGGAACUACAACAACGUCAGCGCGGCGAGGGCGGCGGCGUUCGACGCCGCCUCCGGCCGGCUCGUCAACGCCACGGCCGGCUACGCGGCGGCGGACCCGGUCAGGCGGUUCGGCACGGGGGAGGUCGGGUUCGACGACGCGACGUACCCGAGGAUCUUCUCGCUGGCGCAGUGCACGCCGGACUUGUCGGAGGCCGACUGCCGGAGCUGCCUCGGCCGCAUAAUCAGGUGGGUGCCCCAGUAUUUCGCCGGGAAGCCCGGCGGCAGGGUCUUCGGCGUGCGGUGCAACUUCCGGUUCGAGUCGUACUCGUUCUUCUCCGGCCGGCCGCUGCUGCAGUUGCCGGGGCCGCCGCCGGCGCCGGCGCCGUCGCCGGCCAACAUGGCGCCACCAUCACCACCGGGGACCAUGGGAGGAAGAACAAGACAUAGAACAGGACGUGUCUUGGCCAUUACUCUGCCUAUUGCUGGAGCAAUAUUAGCACUCAUUGUCCUGACAUGCUUUUGUUUUUGGAGAAGGAGAACACCUGCAAGGAAGGCCUCACCAGUGCCAUACUCAACAAACCCAGAUGACAUUCAGAGCAUCGACUCGCUCCUUCUGGACCUAUCAACGCUACGGGCUGCAACAGACAACUUCGCUGAAAGAAAUAAGCUUGGCGAAGGAGGGUUCGGUAUCGUUUACAAGGGAGUUCUUCCCGAAGGUCGAGAAAUAGCUGUAAAAAGGCUCUCACAAAGCUCCAGACAGGGGAUAGAAGAGCUGAAAACUGAGCUAGUUUUAGUUGCUAAACUUCGGCACAAGAACCUUGUGAGCCUUGUUGGUGUUUGCUUGGAAGAAGGCGAGAAACUACUGGUGUACGAGUACCUGCCAAAUAAGAGCCUCGACACCAUUCUUUUCGAUUAUGAGAAAAGCAAAGAUCUUGACUGGGGGAAGAGGCUCAAUAUUGUAAGCGGAGUCGCUCGAGGCUUGCAAUAUCUCCACGAAGACUCUCAACUGAGGGUAGUUCAUCGAGACCUCAAAGCAAGCAACGUGCUGCUGGACUUCGAUCACAACCCAAAGAUUUCAGACUUUGGGUUAGCGAAACUGUUUGAGUGGGAUCAGACGCAAGACGUCACCAGUCACAUCGCUGGAACAUAUGGAUACAUGGCACCGGAAUACGCCAUGCGUGGGCAGUAUUCAGUCAAGUCGGACGCGUUCAGUUUUGGUGUUCUGAUCAUAGAGAUUGUCACGGGAAGGAGAAACAGCAGCUUCUCCAACUCGGAGCAAUCCAUUGACCUCUUGAGUCUUGUAUGGGAGCACUGGACAACGGGGACGAUCGAGGAGCUGCUGGAUCCGGCGAUAGGCAGCCGUGCAGUGAACGUUCUGCUGAAGCUGAUCAACAUCGGGCUGCUCUGCGUCCAGGACAACCCGGCGGACAGGCCGGCGAUGUCGGCGGUGAACGUGAUGCUCAGCAGCGACACGGUCUCCCUCCAGGCCCCGUCGAGGCCAACGUUCUCCAUUCAGGAGAUGGACGGCGCCGCCGACACGGAUCUCUACGAGUCGGGAGCGUACCCCCGGAGCGCGUUCCAGCCCACCGGCGACGGCAACACGAGAGCAGCGGCGGCGGCGUCGCCGAAUGAGUUGUCGCUCUCGGAGCUGGAACCAAGAUGAGCGUUUCGAAUUUGGAGCGAUUUGUGCGGAUGACCGCAGGGUUUUUCUUCAAUAACGAAAGAAUCAACACGUGUGGCCUCUGCACUUGUUUGUCGAUAAUAAUAAAUAAAUGCCCUCGUUGAUGGUUGGUUGGAGCUCUGCA